AUGCUGUCUUUACAUCAGGAUCAUCGUGUUGAUUCGAUAGGACUGUGCCGGUGCCAGUUUCGCCGCGCCGCCGAGCUGCGAUUGGAGGACCUUCAAUUUGAGCUUGUUCAGUCUCUAAACUCCCUGCGAUGGCGCUCCAAAGACUCCGGGGUAUGGGUGUAGGCCGGACGUCGGCGUCGGCACAUCGUCGGGCAGUUUCGUGUAACGUCAUCAAUCACAGGACCCUGCAACAUCAGACACAGAAUUCCCAAGAGCCUCGCUCGUCUGUGGCAUCGCAGCUGCUGGCCGCUGGGUUAGCCCUCGGCAUCUCCCUCGCCGGUAGCCCCGUCGUGGCCGCACCGCAGUACGGCAGCCUGGCUGAUAUUGUGCGGAGCAGCUUUGAGUUUGUUGACGAAAACAAGGAUGGCGUUGUCACGAAAGAGGAACUUCUUCGGACUUCAAAGGCUGUUGCGGAGGAUGUGGAGUUUAUGCUGCCGGAUGAGAGCCAAUUGGAGUUCGCCAUGAAGCUCUUUGACCUCAACCAGGAUGGUACCCUGGCGACGGAUGAAUUACUUGCAUCCAUUGCCCUGGACGGGGCGGUGGGGGAUGACGCCAUUGAUGCGGAUGUGGUCAAAGUGUUUGAUCAGGACGGCGACGGUUUUGUGUCCCUUCGGGAGUUCAAGUCCGGUGUACCCGCCCUGGGCCCCAACGGUGAGGCGGCCAAGGAGUAUAUCUUUAGUCGGGUGGACCAGAUGGUGGACGGUGACAACCGCCUGGACACCCAGGAGUUUGCCAAUGCCCUGACGCUGAUGCGGACUGCCGUGCUGGGCUAUUGAAUGGUGUUUCUCUUUGGCUGGUCAAAACGGGUUUCGGAGGAGGGUAUAGCUUGGAUAUCGUUGUGUGGGUUUGAUUGACCGGGAUGCUCUGGGUGGGACAUAGUGGAAUAGGGACUCGCCACGUUGGACGCGGGGGCGUGGCUGAGGGUGACAAGGUAGUUGGCGGCGCUGAUGGUGCAUGGAGGCGCGCUUCAAGGACAUCUUUGUACUGGAACGGCAUGAAACAUUGAGGCUUUUUCGCUUAUUUCGUUUUAGUAUUGGUUCCUCGCCUUGCAAUGCUAGGUUCAUACCGCCCGCUCAUGAUGGAUGAGGGCAAGCCCUGCAGAAGAACGGCCUACGGUAUUGCACAUACGAGUUGACAAUGUGUAACGCGAGCAUUGCAAUG